CCGCGGAGCGGUUCGGCGGCGGGGGCGGGGCCGGGGUGGUGCCAGGCUGCAGCGGGCCGGGCAAGAUGGCUGCCGUGGAGGCCGAGACGGUGCCGCUGACCCUGGAGUCGCUGCCCACCGACCCCCUUCUGCUCAUCCUAUCCUUCGUGGACUACAGGGACCUGAUCAGUUGUUGCUAUGUCAGUCGAAGACUUAGCCAGCUAUCAACUCAUGAUCCACUGUGGAGAAGACAUUGUAAAAAAUACUGGCUGAUAUCUGAGGAAGAGAAAUCCCGGAAGAAUCGUUGCUGGAAAUCUCUCUUCAUAGAUACUUACUUAGAUGUAGGAAGAUACAUUGACCAUUAUGCUGCUAUUAAAAAGGCCUGGGAUGACCUCAAGAAGUACUUGGAGCCUAGGUGUCCUCGGAUGGUUUUGUCUCUGAAAGAAGGUGCACGUGAGGAAGAUCUGGAUGCUGUGGAAGCUCAGAUUGGUUGCAAGCUCCCUGAUGAUUAUCGCUGUUCAUACCGGAUUCACAAUGGGCAGAAGUUAGUGGUUCCAGGGUUGCUGGGAAGUAUGGCACUGUCAAAUCACUAUCGCUCUGAAGAUUUACUAGAUGUUGAUACUGCUGCCGGAGGAUUUCAGCAGAGACAGGGAUUGAAAUACUGUCUCCCUUUAACCUUUUGCAUACAUACGGGCUUGAGUCAGUACAUAGCUGUGGAGGCUGCAGAGGGCCGAAAUAAAAAUGAAGUGUUCUACCAAUGUCCAGACCAAAUGGCUCGGAAUCCUGCUGCUAUUGACAUGUUUAUCAUAGGUGCUACUUUUACUGACUGGUUUACAUCCUACGUCAACAAUGUUGUAUCAGGUGGUUUCCCCAUCAUCAGAGACCAAAUUUUCAGAUACAUUCAUGACCCAGAGUGUGUAGCAACAACGGGAGAUAUUACAGUUUCAGUGUCCACAUCAUUUUUACCAGAACUCAGUUCUGUACACCCACCACACUAUUUCUUCACAUACCGAAUCAGGAUUGAAAUGUCAAGGGAUGCACUUCCGGAGAAAGCCUGUCAGUUGGAUAGUCGCUACUGGAGGAUAACGAAUGCUAAAGGGGAUGUGGAAGAAGUUCAAGGACCUGGAGUAGUUGGUGAAUUUCCAAUUAUUAGCCCAGGUCGGAUAUAUGAAUACACAAGCUGCACCACAUUUUCUACAACAUCAGGCUAUAUGGAAGGGUAUUAUACCUUCCACUAUCUGUACUUUAAGGACAAGGUCUUUAAUGUUGCCAUCCCCCGGUUCCACAUGGCAUGUCCAACAUUCAGGGUGUCUAUAGCCCGACUGCCUCACAAGUGCUAGAUGUGUGUCACCAUGCCUACACCAGACCAGACUUCCAUUUAUAUGUGCUUGGUACCAUCUUAUCCUUAAAUGGUUGAUACUCAUCAGUGAAGCUGUCUGGGACUGGAAUUUGCUUUGUGGGGAAAUUUUAAAACAUGGACUUAAUUUCUUUAAUAUGUAUAUUUUCUAUUUCUUCUUGUUUCAGUUUUGGUAAUUUGUGCCUUUCAAGGAAUUUGUUUUAUUUCAUCUAAAUGUUGAUUUAUUGACAUAAGGUUAUUCACAAUAUCUCCUUAAUAUCCUUUUAAUGGCUACAAGAGAUAUGGUCAAAUACCCUCUUAUGUUCUUAAUAUUGGUGACUUAUAUCUUUUUUAUUGAUUAUUCAAAAAGGAACAACAUUUAGUUUUAAUGAAUUUUUCUGUACUGUUUCUUUUUUCUAUCUGAGUGAUUGGUGCAGUUAUCUUUAUUUCUCCUACUUUGGGUUUAAUUCAUUUUUAUUGUAGUUUUUAAAAGUAGAAGUUUAGAUAAUUGAUUGUAGACCUUUCCUGUUUCUAACCACUGUUUUAGCUGUAUUACACAAAUUUUGAUGUUAUAUUUUGGUUAAUAUUUAGUUUAAAAUAUUCUCAGAUAUAUCCCUUGAACUUUGACUUAUGACUGCAAAGAAAUAUAUGUUAAUUUUCAUUUAUUUGGAAUUUUUUCAGUUUUUUGCUCAUUGAUUUCUAUUACUGUAGUUGGAGAACAUACUGUAUAUUGCUAAUAUUUUUUAAUGUUCUAUGCUCCAAAAUUAUGUGAAGAAUUUCUAUAUCUUGGUAAAUGACCUUUGUGUAUUUGAAAAGAAUGUAUAUCCUGCCAUGUGAGAAUUUAUUUUAUAAAUGACAGGCCAAACUGGUUGAUUGUUUGACAGUGUUUGUCAAGUCAUCUGUAUAUUUCUUGCUUCAGGCAUUGAAAGACGUUAUUGUUGAAAUAUUCAGUUAAUGUUAAGGCUUUGUCUGAUUCUUGCUUCAUUCUUGUCGGAUUUGGCUCAUGUAUUUCCAAGUUUAACAUUGUGUACCAGUGCUUAGAAUUUUUGUCUGUUUAUGGAAGUAGUUCUUUGAUUGUUAUCUCUGGCAACAUUCCUGUUCUAAAGUUAAGAACAUUGAGGUAUGUUUGGACAGGCAGUCAAGCUGGGUCAGCUUGUUUUUAAUACUUGUUUCAGUGAAUGUAAAGUAUGGGUUUUACUUAAGGACAGUGGUUCUCAAGCCUUUGGGUCUCAUCACCUCCUUCCUUCGAUGUAUAAAAAUCAUUGACAACUCCUAAGAACUCAUUUACGUGGUUGUGUCAGUGUUUGCUAUAUUAGAAAUUAAAAGAGAACCUUUAUAAUAGUAUCAUUUUCUUUUAAAACUACAAUAAAUAAAACCUUUACAUGUUCAA